AUGAUCUUCAUCUACUGCUUCACUUUGAAGGUUUUACUGUUUGCAGGUAACAGGAUGAAAAAUCUCAACAUGUUUGUUUUUGUCUUUGCUGUUUCUGUUGAUGAUAAAUUUCAUCUUUGUGGACUCAGUCUCUAAAAUUCUGAUCUUCUCCACAGGUUCCUCUUUGAGUGUCAAAGUCACUCAGACUCCAGCAGAUCUGCUCUACAAACCAGGAGACACGGCCAGAAUCAACUGUUCUCAUGACGAAAUCAGCUAUGAUCGAAUCCUCUGGUAUAAGAAGACAAACAGCACACUGAUGCAGUUCCUGGGAUAUAUGCUUUAUAAAAAAGGAUAUCCAGAGGACAAUGUGAAUGUGACCUUUGAAGGUGGAGCGAGCAAAGACCAGAACUGCAUAUUAAUUAUUGAAAAAGUCGACCUGAGCAGCAGUGCGGUGUAUUUCUGUGCUGCGAGUUUACACAGUGCCAUAAACCGCUGA